AUGUUGAAACAUAUUAUCGUUUUACUUUCAUUUAUUCAACUAAUUCAUUGUUUAUCUGCCCGAAGCAACAUUUGGUGGAGUCGACGUGGGGACAGCUCUGAAACAGAUUGUAAAAUUGAAUUUGACAGUGAAAAUCUAUCACUUGAAGGAAAAAUUUGUGGCUAUUGUUAUGCCAAAUGCCAACAACAAUUUGCUGCUUGUCUUCUAGCACAAAUGAAUCAAGUAAUAACCGGUUCAAUUGACUAUUGUGAAAAACUGUCAAAGAAAUGUGAAACAACGUGUUUUAAUGAUAAACGCACAGGUCGAAUUGCUGAAGCUAAUUGGGAAAAAGUCGUCAAAAUCUUACGACAAUUCAAUUCUUAUUCACCUGUAGAUAAUCAGAAAAAACAUUAG